UAUACAACUAUAAAUCGGCCUUUUAAAAAUCACCACUGACUGACAGCGUUCACAACAGGGAAGUCACGUCCAGAGAUGUGUUAAGAAAAGGCCAAACCAGAGAGCGAACAGACAUGGGCACUCUGCAGCAUCUGAACGCCUUCAUCUGUGAGCGGCUGACGGCGGCGGCUGUGGAGAUCUUCGGGGCGGUGGAGAAAACGUUGACCGAGCACCAGGAAGAGAUCGGCCGAUCCAAGCAGGAGAUAGAUCACCUGCGAUCACUGCUGCUGCGGCAUGAAGUCAGAUUACACAGAUCAGAGGCUCAUCAGGUCUGUGAUAAGGAGGCGUCUCCUGACCGGGCCCCAGGUGAUAGCCCGGGUCCCCCGAACACCCUGCAUGUCAAAGAGGAGCAAGUCCAGGGGGAAGAUCAGCGGGGACCGUCCUGUUGGCAGCAGCGUGACAGCGUGACAGUGUCUCCUCAGCUUAUGAAAAGAGAAGGUGACAAGGAGCCACACUCACACCUCUACAGAAUAUUAACUGUUGAACAGAGAGCAGAUAUCAAAGCUGAGCCUGAUGCUGAUGAGUUUAUAACAUCUGCACCAAUCAGGGAGGCUGAGGUCCCCGGUGGAAGAAAUCCAGAGUCUUCUGGAUUUCGACAAGAAACCCUGAAAGAUCCACUUGAAAUCACUCAUCAUGAGCAGGAUGGGCCUGAUGAGCAGCAGUACACUGAACAAGACUGGAGCCUCUGUCAGGACCAUGAGGACCCCGAUCCCCCUCAGAUCAAAGUGGAAAAGUUUACACCAUCUAGUCCUCGGGGAGAGACAGACCAUGAGUAUGAACUCUAUCUUCAGUCAGAGAAAAGUGAUUAUGAUGAGCCUCGUUCUUGUAGCCCGAGCCACGACCAGAUUCUGAGCAACAAAACAUUUCACAAAGCAGAGGAACAGAGAAGAGACGCUGAUGGAGAAGGCUGCAAAUUGUUCAGACGGACCAGAGCAUCUCAACCCUUCUACUUCCUAAAUCACUGUGAAUAUGGUCAGAAUAGAGAUGGUGUGGUGAACGGAGAAUGGAUUAAGGCGCUCGCACCGACAGAAACAAGAAAGAAGAGGAAAAACUCCAUCUUGUGCAGCGAGGACGGAGAGAGUAUUGGGGUGGAGGAAGAUGUGAACAAUCUCACCAGGGAGAGGAGACACACUUGUCCCAUGUGUGCAAAACGUUUUAAAGAGUCGAGCCAUUUGAAAGACCACGUGAGAAUCCACACGGGUGAGAAGCCGUACCAGUGUAAGGAAUGUGGUGUGAACUUCAGGCAGAGGGGAGCUUUGACUUUGCACAUGAGAAUCCACACGGGGGAACGACCGUACCAGUGCUCCGACUGUGGUCGCCGCUUCAACCGGAAAGGCGACAUGGAGACGCACAUGGUGACACACACAGGGGAGAGACCGCAUCUUUGCAUGGUGUGUGGGAAAAGCUUCAAAAGGAAGAGCAACUUAAACACACAUCUAAAGAUCCAUGUAGAGGACAAAAUGGAUUACACUCCACCAUUGUGACUGUUUACACACUGUGUCAUGCUGCUGGAAAACAUGGAUUGUCAGGGACUAUAUUAGUAUGCUGACUGCAGUAUACUUUAUAAUACAGCUCAUAAUUCAUUUGUCCAGGAAACAGCAUAGAUAAACAUUUCUAAACUAGCUGAAAUGGUCUUUUUUCAUCUUAACAGCAAAAACAGAUAUAAGAUUUGUUGUCAUGCAUUUAAAGUGAUGGGGACAUGUUUGGAUUCACCUUGUUUUACAAAUUAAUUCUCACGUAGUUGACAUGCAGAUUAUAGACUGACUUUCUAUAAUUCGCUUAUUUCAAGUGAGGACGAUGACUAGCGUCAUGUUAUUGCCAACAAGACUGCAAAAGGACAGUCAUCACCAUAGUAGCAGCAGUUACUUAACUGUAUAUCCAUUCAUAUCUCAUGCAUCCCUCACAUCUGAAUAUUUCAACAAAAGAGAAGAUGAACAAAAGUAAAACACACAGAACUGAAAGUUGAACAAAAUGGUCAAAUCAUGUAUAAAACUGCUACAGGCCAAUUUCAGGAUCAGGUGAUGAAGCUACAUUAGUGUUUGAAGACUGAAACAGUACAGUAAACUUCCAACAUGCAGUGAGGGGUGUGUGUUUAUGUGUUAAGAGAUAUCUUAAAGCUGCACUAAUGGACAUGUUAAAAAUGAAAAACCAGAUGUGAUGUGAGACUGUUGCUCACCACUGACAAGACCCUGAGGCCCAGCUGGCUCUGGGCAUUUAUGAUUUUCCCUCAACAUAAACCCUGUUAUGGUGUCUGACACACAUAUUAAAGAUUAUCACAGUUCCCAAACCUGAGAGAAACAUUGAGAGUAGGCAAAAAAACCCCUCCACUCCCACACUGCUCUGUAUGGCUUGUUUGGAAUCUGCAUUUCCUCUUUGCUUCCAAGUUUAAGUCCACUAUCACAGCUCCUCCUCAGGUGGAGUUGCAGUCUGAACGUUUGGUUUUAUGGACUGCAGCUUUACAGUUUGGUUCACUCUCAAUGCGCUCAAUAAACCUUCAUCAAAGCUUCAGGUUCAGUGUUCAAAGUGAAGCAUUUUCAAAUUGAGCUUUUAGACUCUGUUCUUGACGCAGGU